AUGACUUCUAAACAGCUUGACGAUCUACGCUCCAUCCUCGACCCCUCAGAAAUCAUUGAACGCGAUGCACCCGGCUACACCGAAGCAGCAGCACCAUGGAGUCCAAUGGCGGACCAACGACCGCCGCUCGUCGUUCAACCGAGCUCCCUAGAAUCGAUGACCAAAGUCGUCAAGUUCCUCUACGACUCUGACCUGGACUUCGGCAUUCGCAACACAGGUACCGGCUCCGUCUCAGCGAGAGAUGUUAUCGUAAGCACGCAUGGCUUCAAGGACUUCGAUUUCAACGAGGAAGCGGAGACGUUGACGCUCGGAAGCGGGUAUGACUGGGGUACCAUCGACCAACUGAUGGAGAAGCGGGCACCGGGCUGGCAGGUGGUCGGCGCUCGCUGUACUUGGGUUGGUGUCGCUGGGUCUGCUCUUUGCGGAGGCUUGAGCUGGUUGUCGCAUGAGUUCGGCAUGAUCUCCGACCCUCAAAAUCUGCUGGACAUGCAAGUCGUCCUCCGAGACGGACGAGUGCUCUGGGCGACCGAGGAGCCUGAUCUCAUGUGGGCGUUGCGAGGAGGCGGCGGUAACUUUGGGGGUCAGUACUGCCUCAAGGAGCCGAAUUUCCUGCCAGCAUAG